AUGGACAAAACCGAGAGUAAUAGCAUCAAUUGGAGUGUGGGAGAUAAGUUAUCAACAUCAGAUCCAAGUAUUUCGGCGAUGUCGGAUGAGGUGCCUACACUCACCGUGGCCACCAUUUUGGGAGUCGCUGUGGUCAUCAUUGUAGCAAUUAUUUUUGUUUUCGUAUUGGGAGUCCUCAUCGAUUGGAGGCAGCAGAGACUGAUAGAUAAAAAAAUGGUUGAUGUUAAACGUAUGAAAAGUCGGCGUAUAAAUAAUUAUCCAGAAGCAGAUGACGUCAGCAUUGCAAACAAUAUGGCGGAAGAUGGUAUUAGCACGCCCCCGGCGGAGGCGUUACGACAAAUACCAUAG